AAAAAAAAAUCACACAUGAAUCAAAGUUGUGACUUCUGUUUUAAUAUAUAAGAUUUUUAUUAAUCAGCUCCAUUAUAAAGCUAAUCUAACUACAUAAAUAUCUUUUAAAAACCGACUAUUUUCAGAUUCAUACAUUCAAAGAUAAAGACCUUUACUCUCCUUCUGUAUUCUUUCUUUUAUGCCAUAUUAGUGGGCGGAUUAUAUAAUUUUGUUUCAAAUUUUCAGUGUCAGUAGUUGUUGUUAUAAUUUGUAACGAUUUAUCAUCCGUUUUAUAAGAUUUGAUGGCUGGGAACUAUCCUUCGUUCGAAAAUCCAAUCCCUAGAUUCAAAAAUUACAACUUUGGGAGCAGCUCAUCUCAUCAUCAAAAUCAUGAUGGUUUAGCGGUGGAGGAUCAACAACAAGAAGAAAACAUGAUGAUAAAAGAACAAGACAGGCUACUUCCGAUAGCAAACGUAGGAAGGAUCAUGAAAAACAUUCUCCCACCAAACGCAAAGAUCUCUAAAGAAGCAAAAGAGACUAUACAAGAAUGUGUGUCCGAGUUCAUAAGCUUCGUCACUGGAGAAGCCUCCGAUAAAUGCCACAAAGAGAAGAGAAAGACCGUCAAUGGAGACGAUAUCUGUUGGGCUAUGGCAAAUCUAGGGUUUGAUGAUUACGCCGAGCAACUCAAGAAGUACUUAAAUCGUUACCGAGUUAUUGAAGGUGAGAGAGCCAAUCGUCAUGGCAGGGGAGCUAAAUUAUCCUCACCGGAUAAUUAAUUGGUCCGUGGCUGAUUGUUUGAUUUCCUUUUUAUGUGAUCUUGUUUAGUUCUUUGACAAGCAUCUUCUACCAUUAUAUAUAUGGCGAUCUAUUAUAUAUCAUAUAUAGUUCUACGGAUAUAUAAAUAAACAUAUAUGAUUAUAUAUAUAAGAUGCAUCUAUGGUUUGAGGCUGUGAAGAAAUAUGUGUAGUUCUUCCUGAUUUUGUUAAUUUUCACAGUAAGCGUGCUUUUAAAUUUUCUUUUGAUUUUUUUUUGUCAUCUUAAAUUUUCUUUUGAUAAUCCAUAUAUAUGAUCAUAUAAUAUUUUAUCAAUUCGGGUAAAUUAAUUGUGGAUUAUGGUCUCUGAAUUCAGAAAAUAAAGAUCGGUGGUGUUGUCUAUAAUAUAUGCAGAUGAAGGAAUACAUCUCUCUCUCUCUCUCUCUCUCUCUCUCUCUCUCUCUCUCUCUCUCUCUCUCUCUUUCUCUCUCUUUUGCUUCAGUUGUUGUAGCAAAUGACUUAGAUUUAAUUAGUUUUUGUUUGAUAUAAAAUAAGUCUUAGCAGAACACCAUACUGCGCAGUCUUGCCAGAACCCACCUAACGACUUUUACUGUGUGCUAUCUUAGUAUUUAUAUAUACCGUCAAUCAUGAAUGGAGAAUUAUAAUGCAAAAUCAAGUAUGUAAGGUUCUUCUUCUGGACAGUGAAAAUAUAUAGCAUGUGGUUGUGCUCUAGAGGAAUCACACCAUUUUUUUUGGGCAAACCAUUCAUUAGAAUAAACUUGGAACGAAGUCAUUACCAUGGAGGAAUCAUACAAUAAGAUCAAAAUUACGUAUUAGAGAAAUUUUCAAAAUAUAAUGUUUUGACUGUGUAGAAUUUGUAUUUUUUUUUUUUUAACACCACUCUGUAGAAUUUGUAUAUAUGCAUAUAUAUCAAUCAAUUUUGUCGAUGAAAAAAACAUUCGUCUUGUUCAGUGUUUGUAUAUAUAAAGUCAUCAUUAUCAGCAUUUGCAUACAGAUUUUCACAUUUAACUAAUCAACACUAAAAUUCCAUUCCGUACAGAUAUCGAAGUAGAUUUAAAUUUACUACUUCAGUAUUGUUUUUUUAAACUAAUAACUAUUUAAACUUUUAUAGAUAUGAACUUACUAUAAUUGUACCUCACUGUGUAAACAGUAAACAGUACAAUAAAUAAUAAUUAAAAAUUGGUUAAAUUGGAUUAUAAAGCGAGUGGUCCAUAAAUCUCGAACAAUUCUCACUGGUUCUUCUUUUGAUUUUUAUAAGCCCUAGACUCCUAGAGCAUCCAAAUAAAGAAAGUUAUAUAUAUAUACUAGUGGUAUUCCGGCGCGUACAUAUGUUUUUUCUUAAAUGAAUUUACAAUUCAUUUUAUGGUCUUAGUAAAGAAAAUAUGUUCAAAAAUAUGAAUAUGAAAAUAUGUUGAAAGUGAAUGAUAUCCAGCGACCGUAAUGUAUUACUUUGUUUUGAAGUUGAUUAGUUCAAGGUGCAAUAUCAUAAGUGGUUAUGACUAAUCGAUUCGAUAAAAAUAGAAUAAAAAACCGAUAGUCGUAACAAAGUUAAUUUAAUUGGAAUUUAAACAUAAAGUAAAGUUGAUGUUUUAUUUAGAGAACAUACUUAUACUCUUUAGUACCAUGUUGACAAUAUAUGGAAGGAACGACAUUUGAAGUUCUAUUUUAGAGACUAAUUUGAAUUAAAACGUGUGUAAUAAGCAUAGGUGUUACCAGCGGGAAAGAACUGUUGUCAAAAUGUUGAUGUUUAUAUUUUUGUACGCCCGUUUGAUUUGAGCUCGUUUGAUUUGAGCGGCCUUGACUAAAAUUUUUGAUGAUUUCGUAAUAUUAUAGAUGUUGCCCCUCGAAUAUUGGCUAGCACAUGCGAUGAUAUUUUCUUUGAUUUUAAGAAAUUUUUUUAAUGAUUGAUAGUUGAUGAUUUGAAUUCAUUUUUUGAAUUUUAACGAAGAUAGCGAUAUUGAAUUGGUAUUACCAGUGACUAAUUAUGCUAAAAAAUUAUAAGUAAAGUCUGAAUUUCUAAAUUUUAUUAUUUGUUAAGGUGGACCCAUUAAGUCUAAAAAUGAUAUUUUUCCAACUCAACUCAUUAGGGUAGAAUGUGUAAAGUCUUAAACAUUCUUAAAAAUUUUCUUAAAAAAUUCAUUUAUACAUUGAGACAAAAAGAAGAUAAAUAAUGUUAUUCUAAAAGUUAUUGUGUAACUCUUAUGAAAACUGCAUCAUGCUGUAAUUUUCCUUACUUGUAAUUGAUAUAAUUUUGCUAAGUCAUAAAUUUAUCUGAUAUAUUAGUUAAGGGAAUCUUUUAUAAUAAUUCUGAAAUGACAAAGACGAAAAUUAUCAAUCAAAUUAUUAAAUUAUAUUAUUUUUAUUCAGCUGAUUAGACCAUUAUAAUAACACAAAAUUAAUUUUUAUUUCUUAGUACUAUAGAAAUAAAUUGAUUACAUAUUCAUAUAUAAUCAUUUGUUUUAUAGUUUAUCUCCAACUGUAAUACAUAUAAUAAUGUUCAUUUCCCUAAUGCGUUGGAAUUUUACACAUAAGUCUUAAAAUCAAUAUUUAAAUUUUCUUAAUAAUUAAAAUUAAUCUAUACAUUUUAAUUUAACUGGGAGGAGACAGAGCCAACACCAAUAUACAUCACAUUUCCCCUUGAUUGUAUAAUUCCUAAUACUUCCUAGAACUUGUACUCAGACCGGGGUGACUUGGUAGGAUGACUCCACCUUUCACGGCCAUCUCCUUUGUAUUCGCCACCUUUCAGGAGUAGUAGCGUCAAGAAUUUGCAUGGACAAAGCCAUCUCAGGCGAUUAGUCAUGUAUGCUAAGUGCUAACCAGCUGAUAUACUAUUUUAUAUUGAAAAAUGUGAAUAAUAUUGGAACAAAUUACUUCUUUUUGUAUGUGUGUGUCCUGUAACCAAUAGCUUUCAGAAUUUGGAGUUCGUAUCAUAAGAAAUGAAGUGAAGAUAAUAGAAGAUCCAUGAGACCAUCCCAGACAUUUGGGAUGAAUUGAUCACCAAGUUAAGUGUCUGGCACUGUGUGUUAAACUAGCAAGUGAUGGUUGCUCCACUGGUGUUGCAUGAUUAUGGUUAAACUCUUAUUCAAAUGUAUAUUUCUUUUAUUUUUGUUUCUUUAAACCUUGAGGCCUUUCCUCUAGUUCAGUACGUUUGGGUUACCUAAAUAGUUAGUAACGUAAACUAACAUUGAUGCACUUGGAUUUUACAUUUAAUUCCCACAUAACUUUUGGAUCCAUUUGUAAGGCUCAUUAAGACUGUCCAAUUGACAAGCAGCCACAAAGUUUUGUAACCACAAAAUCGUGUGUUACAUAAAAUGCUCAGGCAGUCCCAAAAUCCUUAGAACAUCAAAGUCGCACUAACACAAAAACUUAAUCGGCAUCUACGUCUAUAGUAUCUGAAGACUAAUUUGAGUUUUUAAGUGUUUCUCCUGCUCUCUGUAAAAGUAGAGGAACUCAGCGGGUGCUCAUAAACUCACCAGGUUCAACACCAGAAAGAAAAAAAACAGGUCGAGAAGGUAGCCUUGAUUUACAUCAUUAUCAUUCAACAGUACUGGAAUCAGUUCUCAUCUCUUUAGUUCACCUUAUACUUUCCAGUUUGACAUUAGGAAACUACAGACUCACAAAUCCAAAUGUACAGCUGAAACAUUUAAUCACACUGUCAACUCUCUUAAGAGAUUGUCUACCAAGGAUUCCCAAAAACUCUUUAUGUAAAUGUUGUGGAGUACCCUGCUACAUAUGUAAGAGGUGAAGGUAUGGUUUCAGUUUCUGUAUCAUAAAUAUAAAAAAAACUUGAUGAACUGUCUGCAUCCAUCUGUUGCAAAUGAAAAGAAUUUUGAGUCAAAAAGCUUUGUCUUCCAAGAUAAUUUGAAAACCAUUUUCUCUUUUCUUUCAUCAAACGCAGAGCCAGACCAUUCCGCAUCGACACACCUUUUGCCACAGAACUCGGUUUAGACAAUAUAAUCUUUAACAGACUCAUACCAGGAGCUCUUACCACUGCAAAAUGAAAGAAUCAAAACAACAAUUCAAGUCUCGUCUCGGACAAAAGUUUAUGUAAUUACUAACAUAAUAUAUUUAUACCCAAACAUUAGUCUUUUGGCUCCCAAAUCCCAAUCUUUCAAGAUGGAGUGGUAAGAGAAAGAGGAAUUAGGAAGAUGGUUGAGUGUAUGAGAUUAGUCCACGUAAACAAUAUUUGUAAAACACACAGAAACAAACCAUUCUUUUUGUCUGACUGUGGUUGUAUGAUUAAGGAGGACGUCGAUGGACUGGUGCCGGAAAAUAAACCGUAAACGUAGAUCCACCGUACUGCUCUGUUUUCAGUCUCUUUUACACGACCUCGAUAGAUGUUGCUUCUGUUCCGGUCUUCUCCUCCGUUUUCCAAUCUCUUCCUCCACCUUCAGUUUUCCAAUCUCUUCCUCCACCUUCAGUUUAUGUCGUCGCGAGAGCUUGUCUGAAUCUAGCAUGUCCAGUUUUAGAUCUACCGAGAAGAGAUAUAACCUUGACGACGUCAGUGACCGCCGUUAUCUAAGAGGCUGAGCUUUAUAUAGAAGACCUUCCACCAGUUAGA